AUGGCGGAUCCCGCAGCGCCCGAGCCCGCAGCCAGCGCUCCCGCCCAGGCCCCGGCCGCAGGCCCGGAGACGGCCCCGACCGGGCCAGCUGCAACCCCCGCCCCGGCGCCGACGCCGACGCCGACGCCCGCUCCGGAUUCGGCCUCCGGGCCGUCCUCGGACUCCGGCCCCGAAGCCGGCUCGCAGCGCCUGCUGUUCUCUCACGACCUGGUGUCGGGCCGUUACCGCGGCUCGGUCCACUUCGGGCUGGUGCGGCUGAUCCACGGCGAGGACUCGGACUCGGAGGGCGAGGAGGAGGGCCGCGGCAGCUCGGGCUGCUCCGAGGCGGGCGGCGCGGGCCACGAGGAGGGCCGGGCCAGCCCGCUGCGCCGCGGCUACGUGCGCGUCCAGUGGUACCCGGAGGGCGUCAAGCAGCACGUGAAGGAGACCAAGCUGAAACUGGAGGACCGCUCCGUGGUGCCUCGGGAUGUGGUCCGCCACAUGCGUUCAACCGACAGUCAGUGUGGCACAGUGAUAGACGUCAACAUCGACUGCGCAGUCAAGCUCAUUGGCACCAACUGCAUCAUCUACCCUGUCAACAGCAAGGACCUCCAGCAUAUCUGGCCCUUCAUGUAUGGAGACUACAUUGCCUAUGACUGCUGGCUGGGGAAGGUCUAUGACCUGAAGAACCAGAUCAUCUUGAAGCUGUCCAAUGGUGCCAGGUGCUCCAUGAACACGGAAGAUGGCGCCAAGCUCUAUGAUGUCUGCCCGCAUGUCAGUGACUCGGGCCUCUUCUUUGAUGACUCCUACGGCUUCUACCCUGGCCAGGUGCUCAUCGGCCCUGCCAAGAUCUUCUCCAGUGUCCAGUGGCUCUCGGGGGUCAAGCCUGUGCUCAGCACCAAGAGCAAGUUCCGAGUGGUGGUGGAGGAGGUACAGGUUGUAGAGCUGAAAGUCACUUGGAUUACCAAAAGCUUCUGCCCAGGGGGCACGGACAGCGUCAGCCCCCCACCCUCUGUCAUCACUCAGGAAAACCUAGGCAGGGUGAAGCGUCUCGGAUGCUUUGACCAUGCUCAGCGGCAGCUUGGGGAGCGCUGUCUGUAUGUCUUCCCAGCCAAGGUAGAGCCGGCCAGAAUUGCCUGGGAAUGUCCAGAAAAAAACUGCGCCCAGGGGGAGGGCUCUAUGGCCAAGAAGGUGAAGCGGCUGUUGAAGAAGCAGGUUGUAAGGAUCAUGUCUUGCUCCCCGGACACCCAGUGUCCCAGGGAUCGCUCCACGGAGGACCCAGACAAAGCCAAGAGUGGAGCAGGGUCUGCUAGCCCCGAGGAGCCGCCGGACAGGUCAGCCAGCCCAGUGGAGAUGCAGGAUGAGGGUCCAGAGGAGCCCCAUGAGGCAGGCGAGCCGCUGCCCCCCUUCCUGUUGAAGGAGGGCGGGGAUGACGGGCUGCACUCAGCAGAGCAGGACGCGGACGAUGAGGCCGCUGAUGACACCGAUGACACCAGCUCGGUGACCUCCUCCGCCAGCUCCACCACCUCCUCCCAGAGCGGCAGUGGCACCAGUCGCAAAAAGAGUGUUCCCUUGUCCAUCAAAAACCUAAAGCGGAAACACAAGAGGAAGAAGAACAAGGUCACCAGGGACUUCAAGCCUGGGGACAGGGUGGCUGUGGAAGUGGUGACCACGAUGACCUCAGCCGAUGUGAUGUGGCAGGAUGGCUCUGUGGAGUGCAACAUCCGCUCCAAUGACCUCUUCCCGGUGCACCACCUGGACAACAACGAGUUCUGCCCUGGGGACUUUGUGGUGGACAAGCGAGUCCAGAGCUGCCCAGAUCCUGCUGUCUAUGGUGUGGUGCAGUCAGGAGACCACAUUGGCCGUACCUGCAUGGUGAAGUGGUUUAAGCUGCGGCCUAGUGGUGACGAUGUGGAGCUCAUUGGAGAAGAGGAAGACGUAAGCGUCUAUGACAUUGCGGACCACCCUGACUUUCGGUUUCGUACAACUGACAUCGUCAUCCGUAUUGGCAAUACUGAGGAUGGGGCUCCGCACAAGGAGGAUGAGCCAUCGGUGGGCCAGGUAGCCCGUGUGGAUGUCAGCAGCAAGGUGGAGGUGGUGUGGGCGGACAACUCAAAAACCAUCAUCCUGCCCCAGCACUUGUAUAACAUUGAGUCUGAGAUCGAGGAAUCGGACUAUGAUUCUGUUGAAGGCAGUACCAGUGGGGCAUCCUCGGAUGAGUGGGAAGAUGACAGUGACAGCUGGGAGACAGACAAUGGCCUCGUGGAAGAUGAGCACCCCAAGAUAGAAGAGCCUCCCAUUCUACCCACCGAGCAGCCAGCAGUCCCCGAGGAGGACAAGGGCGUGGUGGUCAGUGAGGAGGCUGCCACUGCUGCCAUCCAGGGGGCUGUGGCCAUGGCCGCCCCUGUGGCAGGGCUGAUGGAGAAGGCUGGUAAGGACGGGCCCCCCAAGAGCUUCCGGGAGCUAAAGGAGGCCAUCAAGAUCCUGGAGAGCCUCAAGAACAUGACAGUCGAGCAGCUGCUCACAGGCUCCCCCACGUCCCCCACCGUGGAGCCUGAGAAGCCAACCCGGGAGAAGAAGUUUUUAGACGACAUCAAGAAGCUGCAGGAGAACCUCAGGAAGACCCUGGACAACGUGGCCAUUGCCGAGGAGGGGAAGAUGGAGGCUGUGCCCGACACGGAGCGCAAGGAGGACAGGCCUGGGGGGCAGUCGCCGGUGAAGGCCGAGUGGCCCAGUGAGACCCCUGUUCUCUGCCAGCAGUGUGGCGGCAAGCCUGGUGUCACCUUCACCAGCGCCAAGGGCGAGGUCUUCUCUGUGCUGGAGUUUGCGCCUUCAAACCACUCCUUCAAGAAAAUCGAGUUCCAGCCUCCAGAGGCCAAAAAGUUCUUCAGCACAGUGCGGAAGGAGAUGGCGCUGCUGGCUACCUCACUGCCCGACGGCAUCGUGGUCAAGACUUUUGAGGACAGAAUGGACCUCUUCUCAGCCCUCAUCAAGGGUCCCACUCGAACCCCCUACGAGGAUGGCCUCUACCUGUUUGACAUCCAGCUCCCCAACAUCUACCCAGCUGUGCCCCCCCACUUUUGCUACCUCUCCCAAUGCAGUGGCCGCCUGAACCCCAAUCUAUAUGACAAUGGGAAGGUGUGCGUCAGCCUCCUGGGUACCUGGAUUGGAAAGGGAACAGAGAGGUGGACAAGCAAAUCCAGCCUUCUUCAGGUGCUCAUCUCCAUCCAAGGCUUGAUCCUAGUGAAUGAACCAUACUACAACGAAGCUGGCUUUGACAGUGAUCGGGGCUUGCAAGAAGGCUACGAGAACAGCCGCUGCUACAACGAGAUGGCGCUGAUCCGCGUGGUGCAGUCCAUGACCCAGCUGGUACGGAGACCCCCUGAGGUCUUCGAGCAGGAGAUCCGGCAGCACUUCUCAACUGGUGGCUGGCGGCUAGUGAACCGCAUCGAGUCGUGGCUGGAAACCCAUGCCCUGCUGGAGAGGGCCCAGGCGCUGCCCAAUGGGGUCCCCAAGGACAGCAGCUCCCCAGAGCCACCAACUGGUGCCGAGCUCUCAGACUCCGGCCGUGAAGAACCUGAGGAUGGUGGGCUGGCCCUUGGGGAGGCCUCUCAAGGCUCAGACUCAGAGGGUGGUGCCCAGGGCCCAGCCUCAGCCAGCAGGGACCACACAGACCAGACUUCGGAGACAGCACCUGACACAUCAGCACCACCCAGUGUCAAACCAAAGAAGCGGAGAAAGAGCUACCGGAGCUUCCUGCCCGAGAAGAGUGGCUACCCUGACAUCGGCUUCCCCCUCUUCCCGCUCUCCAAGGGUUUUAUCAAGAGCAUCCGGGGCGUCCUGGCGCAGUUCCGGGCUGCCCUAUUAGAGGCAGGUAUGCCCGAGAGCAUGGAGGACAAGUAGACCCCAGUCCUUGAGGAAGGAGCAUCAUGGUGGGAGAGGCCAGCUGCUGCCUGCUCACUCCAUCCCCGGAACCAUCCCUCGUCCUGUCCCGGUGUGAGCCCUCCGCCACCCUCUCCCCACAGCAAGUCUGACGCUGAAGUACAAGAAGAGUCCCAAGGUGCCGCCUUUCUGCUUGGAAGCGUCCACUCAGCAAACAGCCCCGGAGCAAAGAAAAUCGCAGCUCUUGUGAUUUUUUUUCACUUGUUGCCCCAGGCAGAAUGUCUGGCACUUGCUCCCAUUCUGUCCCCUUCUCAGGUCAGAGAGGAGGUGUUGGGGACCUGGAGCUUGGCUCUAGGCCUGGAGCCUGCAGAUGGGCAGAAGGGUGGAUGUGCCUUGCAUGAAGUGUGGGCUGCUCCUGCAAUAUUCCCGGUCCCUUUCAUCCUCUUAGUUGACUGUAGCCUCCCUGUAUCCCAGAUCCUCCUGCUGCCACGGCCACUGGGUGCCCUGAUUCCCCCAGCAUCAGCAUUUCUCCUUGGGGCUGUAGCUGUUGUCACUGGCUCCUGUCUCUGGCCUGUUGGCUCAUUAUAACCCUGGGCCUGUUGAACAUACUCUCUAAGAGAGGUUGGGACUGGGCUGGGUUCAAGGUGACAACCAGGAAAGGUGGUAUCCCUCAACACAUCAACAUGGAGUUGAGGACCGAGUGCUGCGGGGAAAGACAUGGCUGUAGGUGCCUUGCUCUUCCAGUCCUUGGCUGGUGGGGACACUGACAGCUGCUGCCAUCCAGCCUCUUUUCAUCCCUACUGAGGUGGUAGGAGCAGCUGUGCAGGCCAGCCCUGAGGCCUCUCCCCACCUAGCACCCAGCCUUCUCCAUUCAGCCCUUGGCUUGUAGCCACAGACACAGCCCCAGGGAGUGAGGCAGCAGGAGCUUAGCCCUCCCCUCCCCCAAGGCCCAGAGGUUUACAAGUUUUCUAAGCUUUUGAUAAUGUGAAGCUCCAGGUUAAGAGGAUGCUGUGGAGCACACUGAAGCUAUGUAAUUUCUGGUGUAUGUAUGUAAUAUUUAAGGUGGGAGAAAACCCCAGAAGCAAAGAUAGUAACUCUUACUAGAAAAAAAAAAAGAUGACUUAAAACAAAGCCAAAGCAUGAUGCGUCUUGUCAGCCUUAAUCGGGCUCCAAGCCUGUGCUGUGCCAGGACCCCCCACCCCCACCCCGGGCAGCAGAGCAGAGCUGUGGGAAGGCUGGAGCCGGCAACACUGGAACACUCACUCGGAGCCGGUCAGCAUCUCGAGGACAUCGAGUGCCUGGUGGGCUGUGCGUCCCAGGGCGUCGUUCAUGCAGAUGUGAAUGCCUAUGCUUACAGUAUCUGUAUAAAGUGCUGUGUGAUUAAACUUUUUUUUACUUGCAUUUUUUUUUUUUUGUUUGCCUCAUUAACAGACAAGGUGACACCAUUAAACCUGCCUCUGCCAUUCA